AUGCCAACAAACAACUUUGGAUUGCACUAUGUCUGCAAAAGAUGGUUCCAACUGAUAUCAAAUCUACCCAGAACCGUUCUCGUCAACAAGGACAAUGUCAAACCGUUUCUUGCCUGUCUUGAAAGAAUGCAAAGUACCGACACUAGCUCUGCCACUACUAGAAAUGAUCAAGAUUGGAACCUUGCCAAGAAUGUGACCUAUUUGCUAUGGCUUGUCAAAACAACCAAUCAAAAAAAAGAAAAUACAGAAAGAAUGUGUAGAAUUUUACACAACAACUCAACCAUCACCCACAUCAAGACAUCCGAUUCAAGCAUAUCAUUGUUUGGAAAGAAUGAUUCACUUCCCAAGAAGCUUGUCCACUUUGCCGCCGAAACCGAUGAUGAAUCCAAAUCAAUUAAAAGUCGUCUCACAGCUCUCUAUCGUGAAUUAGUCAAAUGUCCAUUCUUGGUGUCCAUUGACAUUGGUCGUUACAAUGUUGCAGGCCAUGACCCCUUUGGAACUGAAUCUUUACUCGAAAAGGUAUUCCUCACUGAAAAGAUGAAAUCGAAAUCCACCAGUCCACUCACACACUUUAGAUACCAAGGUGAAAUCGAACACCCAGAUUUCAUUUCACCUUUGGCACUAUGCACCGCUCUUGUGUCGAUCAAGCUGGAUACCACUUGGAACCUAAUCAGUUUGUCAUUUGUUGCCAAGGUAUUGGCUGCCAAUCCAAACCUCACCACUCUAGAACUGCCAAUUGAAGGUGGUGGUUAUAAAGUACUCUAUGAGGCAAUCUUUGCCCAUCCAUCGCUUCGAUCACUUUGCAUCAACUUUGAUUCAUACAAAACCAAGCAAGACCAUGUCGACAGCUUUAUCGAUAUGUUCCAAAAGAAGAAGAACACAAAGAUAUCAGAUAUCGGAUUCAAAGCUGCCGAUCAUACCAUCCAUCUGCUCGAUGCUUUCUUGGCCGAUCAAGUGGUAUCACAUCUUCAAAUAGAUAUGUGGAAUGCAGAGAUCCAAUCAUCCAUUGUCAAAUCUAUGAAAGCCGGAUCCUCCCCAUUGAAAUGUGUCUCUAUCAAUUAUCAAGGUGACGACCCAAUCAAGGGGUUGUUGGAGGAUCCCAACAACAAGGAACAAGGCACCACACCAAUAGAGGGACAUAUCAACAUGGUAUCACCCUCAUUGGACAAGUACACCUCUCAUGCAACCUACCAAUUAACAUGUAACAGCGGUACAGUCGGUGAUAACGACAGAUAUGUCACUAUCAUUGUUUUGCCAAAGGUUAGUCAUUAUUUAUUUAUCGAUUAUCCUUAA